GAAUCAGUUGUCCUUCGACUCGAAGCGAGCGAUGGAGUCCUCGAAAGCCAAUGGAAGCGCCGAAGACUUGCAUUCGUUGUCUUCGCUGCCGAACAGUACGGGUGGCGACACUUACGGGUCGUACCGGUCGAGCGCCCGGACGUCCAUCUCUUCGUAUGACUUCACGCCAUCGGAAACGCCUCGCGAGUCGUCUUCGCCGCGAAUGCAACGCAAGUCAAACCUGAAGAGCACUCAAGUGUUGCAAUUGUCCGACGACUCCAACACAUGGAAAGCGAUUCCCAAACGAAACAAACGCUCGUCUCGUAAGCAACAGAUCCAGAGCUCGACCGCAAGAAUACACGCACUGCUCAUGAAAGGGAAGGCACCGGAGUUUCGCUUCAAAAUAGUUGUGGCACUCAUUUUGAUGGCAAUUGUGAUCAUUAUAUUGAGCACAAGAUAUUUCUAUAACCGCAACAAAAUUGUGAUCGCAAUCAGAGACCGGAUUUUCUUUAUUAAAACCCAACGACAACUCGAUCUACUGGACAGCGAGGGUCGCGAUCUGUUGCACAUCGAGUACGGGCUUAACAUUCCCGAAGACAUUCCUCCCAUUAAUUGCAAAUCAAUUGAGAGAAACACCAGAAUAUGUUUGGAUUGGAAAUAUAGGGCACAUCUGACUCUUCAGUACAAACAUUAUCCCAAAUCUAUUACUUGUUAUGACAUAAAGUGGAAGAGUUAUGAAAAAUAUGCUAUACUUAAGGACUGCUUUGAUUUGAGCUCUUCUUUCUGGUAUGGUAUGGGAGACGUGAAUGGCCUGAAAUGGCCGCUCAAUGACAUGUCGAUCGCCGACUCGCCAUUCGUGACGAGUCACUUGACAGACACGAAGAGCACUCCAUUCGGUUCGUUGAUUGGCAGACAUUGGUUCUCAUCGAAAGGCAUUACUAUAAGCGUCGGUCUAAACGUUCCGCUAUUUGUGAGUUUGAACAGCACUGAAGAUCCCAACAAACUAUGCUUUAUAUCGAAAAAGCAAUCGCCGUAUUAUGUGCUCAACAAAAACGAUAUUUACGCUCAAUUAGAGUACACGAUAUGUUCGGCGCCCAGUCUUCCAGACCUGCAAAACCAUUUGAUCGACAGUUCGCCCAAAUAUGAUGACAGAAAUGAUACCAAUUUGACGUCAAUCGAGAGCUCAGAUACCGAUGAAUACGUUUUCCUGGAGCGUCUCAUUUGGGCCACCGAUUCAAACGUGUUGUCAAACUUCACGCAUCAAUCACUUCAGGCAUAUGUGGACCGAAUCAUGUCCUAUGGUUUCGAGCCGGGAGUGGUUUUGUUGGACUCCCGCUGGGAGAACAUUAUCGGCGACUUCAAAAUGAACAAAACCUCUUUCACUAACCCCUCGGUUCUUAUUAAUAUCCUUCACAACAAAGGGUUUAAAAUUUUGCUCACAAUUACGCCAAACAUUGAUUUGCAUUCAAACACUUUAUCCAACGCUCGGCUCAAUCACCGACUCUUACGCGACGGUCGCCUCAAUGUCCCGCUUCUGACCCGUUGUGGCAAUAAAUAUGAAUACAUUUGCGGUUUAAUAAACUUAACGAAUGCCGACAACAGAGACUGGUUUCGGAAUCGAUUGGUCGACGAAUUGCUGACCGGACUAUCGGUGGACGGCUUUCUGUUCGUCGGCGGACAGUCCUCUCUAAUGCCUCAACACAUAAAUGUUGACAAAACUAUAAAUCCAGAUAACUAUCUAAAUCUACUGAAACGGGUGGCCAUUAAUACCAGUGAUUUGAUCGGCACAACCAGUUCUGUUGACUCGAAGCAACUCAAAGGUUUUGUUAAAGUACUUCCGCGGAGUUCUUCGUGGAAUACAUUGCAAGGCAUUAUACCGACAGUUCUCUCAUUGGGUUUAAUGGGUUACCCACUGGUGAACAGCGGUUCCGUUGGAGGCAUUCGCGCCAACAAUGAAACCACUUAUAGCAAAGAGCUAUACAUUCGUUGGCUACAAGUGGUCGCCUUUUUACCGGUCAUACAAUUCGGUGAACCCGAUAACGACCUCGAGAUUAUAAAAGUGGCCAAAAAACUGUUGAAACUCCGCGAAGAUUUAAUUCUUCCCGUAAUGAAGGCAUGUCUUCGAGAAUUCCAUAGAAACGGUUCACCAAUAAUAAGGCCGAUGUGGUGGACACAGCCUGAGGACAGAGACGCCUACGUUAUCAACGACCAGUUCUCCAUCGGAAACGACAUUAUCGUAGCGCCCGUUAUAGAAGAAGGACAGACAGAAAGAGACAUAUUUUUGCCCAACGGCUGGUGGAAGGAUGAGAUACUCGUCCAAGUGAUCAGAGGUGGCAAAUGGAUGCGCAAAUAUCACGUUCCUAUCGAGAAAGUGGCCUAUUUUAUAAGGACAGAGCCCUCGCCUGCAGUCUAA